AUGUGGCUGCAAGCCGGUCUAAUAGGUAGCCGGUUGCUGAACAACAUCUGUACUGCCUUGGAUCUGCCCAUAGAAAAGCGGUACAUUUGGACAGAUUCCAGAACAUCUCUCUCGUGGGUUUGCUCGGAUAGCAGGCGCUAUCAUCCAUACGUAGGUUUUCGUGUCGGCGAGAUUCUGAAUUCCUCUACCGUCGAUGAGUGGCACUACGUUCCGUCGAAACAGAACGUGGCUGACGACGCCACGAAGUGGGGAGUUGGACCUAGCUUCAGUGCGAGUAGUCGCUGGUACACGGGUCCGGAUUAUCUCUUCUUGCCGGAAAACGAAUUACCAGAGCAGCCAGCGAAACAAUGGAAAACUGACGAGGAGCUACGUACCAGAUUUCAACAUCAUCGAGAAAUGCCACAACCUUUGAUUAACGUGAGUAGAUUCUCGAAUUGGAACCGCCUGUUACGCACGACGGCGUAUUUGCUACGCGCAGUGAAGUUGUUCCGAACGCGAGGCAAAUCGGGACCGCUGACCAGCGAGGAGUUGCUGCAGGCUGAAAAUUUGCUGUGGCGACAGGUGCAGUAUGAAGCUUUCCCGGACGAGUACUGUGUGCUGGAGUUCAACAAGGCGAAUCCAGAGAAGAAGCAGAAACGAAUCGAGAAGAGCAGUUCAUUGUACGAGCAGUCGCCGUUUAUGGAUGACGUGGGCGUGAUAAGGAUGAAUAGCAGGAUUGGGGCUGCUCCUAUCGUACCCUUUGGAGUAAAAUAUCCAAUUAUCUUGCCGAGGGAGCACACUCUAACAGCCCUUCUUGUCGAGAGUUACCACAGACGGUUCAAACAUCAGAACGGUGAAACGGUGUUCAACGAAAUACGUCAGCAGUUUCGAAUACCGAAGCUGCGCCCUCUGAUACAACGUGUCGCCCGGAACUGCCAGAGCUGCAGGCUUCGGAAGGCAACUACACGACCACCAAUAAUGGCACCACUUCCGAAGGUUCGGUUGACACCCCACAUCCGGGCGUUCAGCCACACCGGCGUCGACUACUUCGGUCCAAUCCUGGUAAAGCAGGGCCGUAGUUUAGUGAAACGCUGGGUAGCACUAUUCACGUGUCUUAUUAUACGUGCGGUGCACCUGGAGAUAGUGCACAGCCUUUCGACACAAUCCUGUGUGAUGGCAAUCCGCCGAUUCGUUGCGCGCAGAGGAUCCCCGUCAGACCUUUACUCGGAUAACGGGACCUGUUUUCGUGGAGCUAGCAACCUGUUGCCGGAGCAGAUGGAAGCCAUCCAUGAACACUGCGCUGUGACGUUUACCAAUGCCAGAACGAGCUGGCACUUCAAUCCCCCAUCUGCACCUCACAUGGGGGGCUGUUGGGAACGGAUGGUGCGGUCUGUGAAGGCAGCUAUGGGAGCCAUUUCAGAACAUAAUCGCCACCCAAGCAACGAGGUUCUGGAGACUGUAGUCUUGGAAGCCGAAGCGAUCGUGAACACUCGACCGUUGACCUACGUACCACUCGAUGAUGAAGACUAG